UCGUAUGACGAUGUGUUAGUACAGUUGAUAAAAAGUUGAUAACAUAUAAAGAAAGGUUAUAAUGUAAUCAUAUAAUUUAGCAUUAUCGUACUGAUAACCGAAUUAUCAUAAUGUACAUAUAAGAUUUCGUACCGGUUAUUUCUAAAACUAUUACAAGACCAGUGAAAUAGACUGGUGAACGAAGAAGGUUCAGUGCGGUCACUUUAUCUGGAUUUAUCUCCAGGGUUCAUUUAGUAGUCACUGUAUGUAUGUGCGUGUUACAAAAUAGCCGGUAACCGAAAUUAAAUAUAACAAGAAUAACUAUAGACGUGAAGUAAUAUGAGACUCGUUGUCAAUUACGGUCAUGCCACAGUGUUUAUUUUUGUUUUACUAACUGUGCAAAGUGCGAAGGGUAUCAAAAAUCUUCAAGUAGUCUACCAAUGGAAGCUUCUUGAGUACGCCUGGCCAAAUGAAGAUACGCAACUACUAUUUUCGCACUAUGUUCAAGCGAACAAUAAUCCUCUGGGACUCGAAGUUGCGGGUGAUCGACUUUUCAUCACUAUACCGCGAUGGAAAUCGGGUGUUGUAGCCACCCUGAACUACGUUUACUUGAACGAUACCAGUGAGUCACCUUUGCUCAAUCCGUAUCCCUCUUGGGAGGCUCAUGAGUACGGUAACAACAGCGUACCAGACAUUGUCUCGACCUUUCGCGUCUGGGCAGACAAAUGUGAUCGUCUUUGGGUCCUCGAUAUGGGCGUUGAAGACCUCACCGGGACUCGGGAGCAACUGGUUACGCCAUCCUUGAUCAUCUACGAUCUGACGACCGAUCAGCUCCUACGCAAUUACGCGAUCCCUUCGGAUCAAUAUCCGGAAAAAUCGCACUUUGGAAAUGUCGUCGUCGAGGAUGCCGCCUGUAACGAUUCCUUCGCCUACCUUGCCGAACUUCAAGGUCCGGGAAUCAUAGUUUACUCGUGGGCCAGUAACGAUUCCUGGCUCGUUGAACACCACUACUUCCACCCUGAUCCACUGGCUGGAAAUUUCAACGUCUCCGGACUUUCUUUCCAAUGGUGGGACGGUGUUGUAAAUCUUGCCUUGGCCCCCGAAGAAGAUGGAUACAGCACUUUGUACUUCCAUCCGCUCUGCAGCAAUGCUGAGUUCUCCGUCAGUACUGAGCUGCUUCGAGAUUCCGUACUUGCAACAUCGUCAGAUAGUUUUCACAAUUUUACGGUGGUGGGUACCAGAGGUAUCAAUGGCCAGGGUGCAGCCAGCUACCUAGAUCAAACGACUGGAAUCCUCUUCCACGCCCUUUCGAUCGCAAAUGCCGUUUCAUGCUGGAAUCCUGGGACCAGUUACAGUCCCACGAAUGUGGCCCGCGUUUACGCGGAUAACACGACUUUAGUUUUCCCCGCUGACAUUAAGAUUGAUAAUCAUAGUAACAUUUGGGUGCUUUCGGACCGGCUCCCAACCUUCAUGUACGAUCAGCUGGACCCUGAUCAAUACAACUUUAGAGUUUUAUCCGGGUCUGUGGAGGAGGCCAUAGAAGGAACCGUCUGUUCUCGUGGAGCCACACACUCGGGUGUAAUUCAGGGUCUGGUUUCACAUCUGAUUGUUGUUAUCCUCGUCUGGACUUGUGGCACAGUCUGAUCAUUCCUGCAUUCCAGGGAAUGUUGUGUAGUUAUUAAACGUACAUGAGUGCUAUUUUACCUGAAGAAUCAAUAUGUUUGACUAUUCAUGCGCUAUUGGGAUAACUAUAAUAUUUGCAGAUCGAGUGUAACGACGGCAGUUUCGUGACAAGGAAAAGUUAUUGUAACGUAUUUUAUGCACUACUUGAGAGUAUUUUUAACAGUAUAUUUAUUUGGUUAUAAAUGGAUUAGGAAAAU